AACAAAGUGACUUCAAUGACCUUCCUAACUGGCAAGGCAGUAGAAGAUCUCUGCAGAAUAAAGCAGGUAGACUUGGAUUCAAGACAUAUUGGCUGGGUAACAAGUGAACUUCCUGGGGGUGAUAAUCACAUCAUCAAAAUUGAAUUGAAGGGUCCAGAGAACACACUAAGAGUUCGACAAGUGAAAAUUCUUGGAUGGAAAGACGGUGAAAGCAUUAAAAUAGCAGGCCAGAUUUCUGCAAGUGUUGCUCAACAAAGAAACUGUGAAUCUGAGACACUGCGAGUAUUCCGACUUAUUACAUCCCAGGUAUUCGGAAAACUCAUCUCUGGAGAUGCUGAGCCAACCCCAGAACAAGAAGAAAAAGCACUGUUAUCUUCCCCAGAAGGAGAAGAAAAAGUACACAAUGCAACAUCAGAUGCAGACCUGAAGGAGCACAUGGUAGGGAUCAUAUUCAGCCGGAGCAAACUGACGAAUUUGCAGAAGCAGGUAUGUGCUCAUAUAGUCCAGGCCAUACGAAUGGAAGCAACCCGUGUGCGUGAAGAGUGGGAGCAUGCCAUCUCCAGCAAAGAGAACGCCAACUCGCAGCCCAACGAUGAGGAUGCUUCUUCUGACGCUUAUUGCUUCGAGCUGCUGUCAAUGGUUCUGGCACUGAGUGGUUCCAAUGUAGGCCGGCAGUAUCUGGCUCAGCAGCUGACUCUGCUCCAGGAUCUCUUCUCGUUACUACACACUGCUUCUCCCAGGGUGCAGAGACAGGUAACAUCGUUACUAAGACGUGUAUUGCCCGAGGUAACCCCUAGUCGCCUGGCAAGUAUUAUAGGAGUGAAGUCUCUUCCACCAGCAGAUAUAAGUGAUAUCAUUCACUCAACAGAAAAAGGAGAUUGGAAUAAACUAGGUAUCUUAGACAUGUUUUUGGGAUGCAUUGCCAAAGCUCUCACUGUACAGCUAAAAGCCAAAGGAACUACUAUAACAGGGACAGCUGGCACUACUGCAGGCAAAGGAGUUACUACAGUCACGCUUCCAAUGAUCUUCAAUUCCAGCUACAUUCGGCGAGGUGAAAGCCAUUGGUGGAUGAAGGGUUCAACACCUACACAGAUCUCAGAGAUCAUUAUUAAACUCAUUAAAGACAUGGCAGCAGGUCAUCUGUCGGAAGCUUGGUCCCGUGUGACAAAGAAUGCUAUUGCUGAAACUAUCAUAGCUCUGACCAAAAUGGAAGAAGAAUACAGAUCACCAGUGAGGUGCAUUGCAACAACCAGACUAUGGCUGGCCUUAGCAUCCCUCUGUGUACUUGAUCAGGAUCAUGUUGAUAGACUGUCCUCAGGAAGAUGGAUGGGAAAGGACGGACAACAGAAACAGAUGCCAAUGUGUGAUAACCAUGAUGAUGGUGAAACUGCCGCAAUCAUUUUAUGUAAUGUCUGUGGGAAUUUGUGUACGGAUUGUGACCGAUUCCUUCACCUCCAUCGACGAACAAAAACUCACCAGAGACAGGUAUUCAAAGAAGAGGAGGAAGCUAUCAAAGUUGAUCUGCAUGAGGGUUGUGGUAGGACCAAACUUUUCUGGCUGAUGGCAUUAGCAGAUUCUAAAACUAUGAAGGCUAUGGUGGAGUUCAGAGAACAGACAGGCAAACCGACCACCAGUAGUUCUGAAGCGUGUCGUUUCUGUGGCUGUAGGAGUGGAACAGAAUUAUCAGCAGUGGGAAGCGUUUGUUCUGAUACAGAUUGCCAGGAGUAUGCCAAAAUUGCCUGCAGCAAGACCCACCCCUGCGGCCAUCCAUGCGGAGGCGUUAAGAACGAAGAGCACUGCUUGCCGUGCUUGCAUGGCUGCGAUAAGAACGCCACAACUCUUAAACAAGAUGCCGAUGACAUGUGCAUGAUCUGCUUUACUGAAGCACUUUCAGCAGCACCAGCUAUCCAGCUGGACUGCAGCCACGUUUUCCAUUUGCAAUGCUGUCAACGAGUACUAGAAAACAGAUGGCUUGGGCCCAGGAUAACUUUUGGGUUUAUGUCCUGUCCUAUUUGCAAGAACAAAAUCAAUCAUACAGUAUUAAAGGAUUUGCUUGAUCCAAUCAAAGAACUCUAUGAAGAUGUAAGGAGAAAAGCGCUAAUGAGAUUGGAGUAUGAAGGGUUGCACAAGAGUGAGGCCAUCACAACACCAGGUGUUAGAUUUUAUAAUGACCCAGCUGGCUUUGCUAUGAACAGAUAUGCUUAUUAUGUUUGCUACAAGUGCAAAAAGGCAUAUUUUGGUGGUGAAGCUCGUUGUGAUGCUGAGGCUGGACAAGGAGAUGACUAUGAUCCGAGAGAACUUAUUUGUGGUGCAUGCUCUGAUGUUUCAAGGGCUCAGAUGUGUCCCAAACACGGUACAGAUUUCUUGGAGUACAAAUGCCGCUACUGCUGUUCAGUUGCUGUUUUUUUCUGCUUUGGGACAACGCAUUUUUGCAACGCUUGCCAUGAUGAUUUCCAAAGAAUGACAAGCAUCCCUAAAGAAGAACUCCCACACUGUCCUGCAGGUCCCAAAGGUAAACAACUUGAAGGAACAGAAUGUCCACUUCAUGUUGUCCAUCCACCCACUGGAGAAGAAUUUGCUCUGGGUUGUGGGGUUUGCAGAAAUGCUCACACUUUUUAGACUAGCGGGUUUUUUUACCAGAGCAAAACAGGUGCCCUCAUCCCUUAAGUGUCCUGAAAAUGAAGUCCAGCUGGGAUGAGGACGGGACCAUUUCAUAACCCAGGUAAAAGGAACAAUUUACAGUGCAAGAAGGAUGCCAAAUACCAUGUACAUAAUUCUUGCUGUGAGAUAUUGACAUUUUUUGAACUGAGACAUCAAAACUUGUGAGGUGUUUGCAUGUGGCCAUUACAGUCAUCGGCUAGGAAACAUUGGACAUUUACAAAUAAAUAAUUGCUAUUAAAGGAUCUGUGUGUCUGUGGACUAUGAAUGAUGCUGGCUUUCAGGAGAUAGAAAAAAAUAUUGAUUAUUGUAUACUGACUUUUUGUAAUCUUGUACAAUUGUAACGCAUCACAAGUGGGGAUGGGAAAGAGGAAUAUUCUGGUUUAUUUCCUAGACUGUUAUAAAAAAAAAAAAAGUGUUAGGAAGGCAUAAAUGUAACAAGUAUCAUGCUGUAUAUAAAGGUAUCAAUGUUUGUCCUGUAUAAGAAUAUUAAAUUACAACAGCAGUUUCAUUUAAACUUCUGGGUUAUGUUUGAGCCUGAAAUUUUAAUGAAGUGCAAUACUGAGUGUGCCUCAUAUCUUGCAGCUGUAAACAUAAUGGAAUGUACAUGUCAAUAAAGCCACUGUACAUUUUUAUACAGUGAAA